AUGUUCGCAAAAACUUGGCUCUUGCUCUUCUUCGCCGUGGCAGUGGCUCUUCACGCUGCCGCCCUCCCUCUCGCUGCACAGCAAGACCUCGUCGCCCGGGCACCGACGCCAUGCUCGUCGCUCAAGCAGCGUCCCAACUGGAACACCCUCUCGCAGGCUCAGAAGAGCUCGUACUUCGACGCCGUCAAGUGCCUCAAGACGAAACCGGCCGUGACCGGCAUCGAAUCGUCCAAGAACCUCUAUGACGAUUUUCCUGCGAUCCACGUCGAGCAAAACCAUCACAUUCACUCGGUCGCCGCCUUCCUCCCUUGGCACCGUCGCUUUGUCCAAGCUCGCGAGAGAGCGCUCGCGGCGUGCGGCUACGAUGGCCCGACUCCGUACUGGGACUGGACGGAAGCGGCAGACACAGGCAACCCGGACGUCGACCCCAUCUUCUCGGUCACGGAUGGCUUCGGGGGCAACGGCAACCCGAACAACAAUGACGUCGUCGAGGAAGGUCCCUUCGCCAACUUCCCGGUGGACAUUCUGCAAGGCGAUAAAGACGUAGCCCUCUUCUCACCGCAUCUGCUCAGGCGUGCUUUCAACCCGGACCCGCAGCUGGUGAACGCUUUCAACUCGUCCUCGGUCGCCAAAGCGCAGGCGUUCGAGACGUUCAACAAGUAUCGCUACUAUCUGGAGGGUACUCCGCACGGCGCGGUGCACCAGUACAUUGCUGGCGACAUGGGACCGGCCCACUCGCCGAACGAGGCGGUCUUCUUCCUUCACCACGCGCAAAUCGAUCGUCUCUGGUCGCUCUGGCAGGAGAUGGAUCCGGAACAGCGAAAGUCGGACUACGCUGGCAACCUCCCCGACGGAAACACCCUCACUGGGCCCUUUGAUGCUUCGAUCAACGACACGCUGCCUACGUUUGGCAACCUCAUCGAUCAGGUGCAAGUGCGCGAUGUCAUGGACACCAAAUCCGGCGAUCUCUGCUACGUCUAUGUUUGA